GCGACCGAGCAUUCGUUGGUGCCGCGCGUUUAGAGCAACAAUAACAAUAAUAAUUCUUUACUUUCGUCCUGCCCCGGAACAGCCUCGCAGUUUUCGGUACUUGAAAAGAAUUGUUUUAGGUACUCGAAACAAACGAGAAGCGUGAAUUUGGCCGAUGGGCCUAACGACCGAACGCGUCCUCUCCCAGGUGCGGCCCGAGGAACCCCUGCGGCAGACGAUGGCGGCCACGCCCCUCUUGGUGGAGGCUCACACGCGCACCUACUUCUUCGAGGACAAGAGCUACGUGGUGGCCGGGGGCCUGGGCGGCUUCGGCCUGGAGCUGGCCGACUGGAUGGUGGCCCGGGGCUGCCGCAGGCUGCUGCUCACGGCCCGCUCGGGCGUCCGCACGGGCUACCAGCGCCUCUGUCUGCACCGCUGGCGGCUGGCCGGCGCCAAGGUGGCCGUGAGCCGAGCGGACGUGGCCACCGAGGAGGGCGCCAGGGCGCUGCUGCGGGAGGCAGCCGUCCUCGGCCCCGUGGGCGGCAUCUUCAACCUCGCCCUGGUGCUGAGGGACGCCCUGCUGGAGAACCAGACGGCGGAGGCGUUCGAGGCGGUGUGCCGCCCCAAGGUGGCCGGCACCCUGCACCUGGAUGCGGCGUCCCGGGAGCUGUGUCCCCAGCUGGACCACUUCGUAGCCUUUUCGUCGGUGUCGUGCGGUCGGGGCAACAGGGGCCAGACCAACUACGGCUACGCCAACUCGGUCAUGGAGCGCGUCUGCGAGAAAAGGGUGGCCGACGGACUGCCCGGCCUGGCCAUCCAGUGGGGCGCCAUCGGCGACGUGGGCGUCCUGCGGGAGACGAUGGGUGCGGACGUGGGGGUGGGCGGCACGGUGCCCCAGCACAUUGGCUCGUGCCUGAAGGUGCUGGACCGCUUCCUGCGUCAGGGCCACCCUGUAGUCUCGAGCCUCAUCAAGGCCGACUUCUCCGGGGCCACGACCAAGGACAAGCACGACCUCGUCCAGUCCGUGGCACACAUCUUCGGUGUAAAGGACCCCUUGAGCCUGAACCCUUCCCUGACCCUGGGGGAGCUGGGAAUGGACUCCCUGAUGGGCGUCGAGGUGAUGCAGACCAUCGAGAGGGACUACGGCCUCAGCCUGUCCAUGCAGGAGAUUCGGGAGCUCAGCAUCGGUCGACUCAAGGAGAUCGGCGGAGGGGCCGUGGCCGGAGGAUCCGUCGCGCCCCGGGGUGCACGCGGGCCUUCCUCUCUUUCGCGGCAGGCGGAGGCGUUUAGGGCGGCGAGACGGCCCGCUCGGCGGAAGCGGAGGGACGUCCGAUUAGAGGGGCACUCCGGAAAUUUUAACGCGGAAUGUGUUUAAAGGCUGCGAUCACUGAAGAAAGUGCGACGGAACGCCACAGAAACCGUUGCGAAACGUGUUACACAUACCUCGAAGGACGAUCUUUACGGACUAACAUAUUGUGAAGGGUUGGGACCAAAAGAACAAUAAAUAAACAGGAAGGAAUAAACGUUUAAUCAAGCGAACUUAUGCCCGAAACAAAAUAGAAACUGAAGAUAACAACGGAGGGUACCGGGUGUCAAAGUCGGCGUAGCAGCAAGAUCGACCACUGGCGAAAAACUGACUGCGGCUCGCAAAUCGCAGCCCCUUAAGUACACGCGAAAGCUUCAGGAACAAUCAGCGUAGAAGGUUCUGUGCGUAGAACAUUCGUACCUCGAAUAAAGAACAAUGUUCUCAAA